AUGCAAAAAUUUAUAAGCAAAGAAGCAUCAAAAUUAGUGAUUAAUUCAAAUAUAAACUAUUUGAAAUUACUAUCAAAUAAAUCAAAUAAUGAAAAAUCAUUUUUUUUACCAAAUAUUUUAUUCUCUAAUAAUAAUAAAAAUAUAACUAAUAUAAAUUUCAAUAGUAAUGAAAAUAAUAAUAAUGAAAAUAAUAAUGAAAAUAAUAAUGAUAAUAAUAAUGAAAAUGAUAGUGAUAAAAAUAAAUAUAAAAAUUUUUUAACAUAUGGUGGUAUUACAGCAACAAUUCUUGCAAUAUCAACUGGUGCUAUUGUUAGUGAAGAAAGACCAAAUGAUAAUAAUCAAAUUCCCCAACUUCAAUUACCAAAAGAUCCAAAUAAUAAAAGAGAAAGAAUCAUUGUUUUAGGUACUGGUUGGGCAUCACUUUCAUUCAUUCAAGAAAUUGAUUUAAAUAAAUAUGAAAUUGUUGUAGUUUCACCAAGAAAUUACUUUUUAUUUACACCAAUGUUAACAGAAGCAACAGUUGGAUCAGUUGAAGUUAGAAGUAUAAUUGAACCAAUUAGAAGAGUAUUAUCAAGAUUAACUAGUAGACCAACCACUUACAUUGAAGCUGAAUGUACAAAUAUUGAUUACGUUAAUAAUUGUAUUGAAAUUGAAACUCAUGAUGGUAGUGAAGCAAAAGCAAAGAUUCAAUAUGAUAGAUUGGUAGUUGCAGUUGGAUCAGUACCACAAUGUUUUGGUACAAAAGGUGUUGAAGAACAUUGUAUCUAUUUAAAGGAGGCAAUGGAUGCACAUAAGAUUAGACAAAAGAUAAUGGACUGUUUUGAAAGAGCAAACUUUCCAGGAACUUCAGAAGAGGAAAAAAAGAGACUAUUAUCAUUUUUAGUUGUAGGUGGUGGUCCGACAUCCAUCGAGGGUUCAUCAGCACUUUAUGAUUACAUUAAAGAGGAUCUAAGUAAAAUGUUUCCACAUUUAUCAAAAUAUCCAAAGAUUACAUUGGUUCAAUCUGCAGAUCAUCUUUUAAAUACAUUUGAUUUAAAGAUUUCAAAUUAUACCGAGAAACAAUUUGAAAGAAUUGGUAUUGAAGUUUUAACAAAUACACGUGCAGUUGAAGUUAAAAAAGAUCAUUUAGUAGUUUUAAAGAAAGCUCAUGCUCGUCCACCUGGUGAACCAAUAAACGCAACAGAGAAACCAAGCAAGGGGCCAGAGGUUUCAAUUCCAACAGAGAUCCCAUUUGGUAUGUGUAUUUGGAGUACUGGUGUUGGUCCAAGAAAAAUCACACAAAAACUUUGUGACUCUAUUGAAUCACAAAAGAAUAACAGAGCAAUUACCACCGAUUCAACUCUUAAAGUAUUGGGUAUACCAAAUGGCAAUGUUUACGCUGCAGGUGAUUGUUCAACAAUUUCUCAAACUUUACUAAUGAAUAGAAUUAACGAAAUCUUUAAAGAGGCAGAUACAAACAAUGACAAUCAAUUAUCGUUUGAAGAGAUUCAAGUUUUAUUCAAAAAACAUGCUACCGAUUACCCACAACUUUCACCUUACUCAAAAGGUUUUGCUGAAUUUUUCAAUGAAUAUGAUAUCAAUAAAGAUGGGUUCCUUCAAUUGAAUGAAUUUAAAAGAUUAAUGGAAAAAGUGGAUUCUAAUUUAACUGCAUUACCAUCAACUGCUCAAUGUGCUUCACAACAAGCUAAAUACUUGGCUGAAACUUUAAAUGAUCAAUAUGGUAAAGAUCCUUCAACUUUUCAACCACACAAUUUCUCUUAUAAACAUUUAGGUAGUUUCGCUUACAUUGGAAGUCAUACUGCCAUAGCUGAUAUCCCUCAAACUUUUACUGGUGGUGGUUUUGGUGUUUGGUGGAUGUGGAAAGCAGUUUAUUUAAAGAAACAAUUUAGUUUAAAAAAUAAAUUUUUAGUUUCAAUUGAUUGGGUUAAAACAACUUUAUUUGGUAGAGAUAUUUCAAGAAUUUAA